UAAAAGCAGAGUGCAAAGCACUGAGGAUAUUGGCAACCGAGAACUGAAGAAUUGCCAGAAUGAGUCAAGCUGAAGAAAGCAGUAUCCACUCGACGUGGAAUAUUGUGAGGUCAGUAGUCUGCAUAAUACUGAGCUUGUCAUUUAUUAUUGGGACCCCAGGAAAUUGCAUCGUCAUCUGGACUGUGUGUACAAAAAUGAAGCAAGUAUCUCCUUCAGUCCUGCUGAUCUUGAACCUGGCCAUUGCAGAUGUCCUUGUACUGAUUACUUUACCAGUUUGGAUUUACUCCUUUGCUGACUCAUGGGUUUUUGGAGUCAUCUUCUGCAAAAUACUAGUUUUCAUUAUUUACUGCAGCAUGUAUGCUAGUAUAUUUCUAAUUACAGCACUGAGCUUGGAGCGGUUAAUGGCUGUGUUUUACCCUUUCACAAUUCAAAAAUACAAAACAAAAGAAAAGAUUUCUUUAAUCGUGUUCCUCAUUUGGUUCCUGUCUAUUACUUUUGGCAUUUCUGUCAUUCCAUUUCAAGAGACAGAAGAAAUGAACGGUAGACUACUAUGCACAUGUCGCAACUACUCUUCUAAUAGACAGAAAGUGUCAUAUCUUUUGCUGGAGACUCUUGCAGGUUUUGUAAUCCCUUUUUUAAUUAUUUGCACUUGUUACCUGUGUGUUGCAAGAAGAAUAAGCAGAAUGACUUACCAAACCAAGCAGCGAUCAGAACGGCUCAUUGCCAGCAUUGUGGUGGCAUUCAUUUUAUGCUGGUUCCCUCAUCAUCUCUUUAACAUCCUAGAUAUUAUUUCAAUUCAGAUAGAACUCUCUAACGAGGAAAUGUCUUUGGCACUGGAUGAAAUUGUAGGCAGAGGAGUGUACAUCUCUGGAGCUCUUGUAUUCAUCAGUAGCUGUAUUAACCCUCUACUUUAUGCUUUUGCUGCACGAAGAUUUCAAAAUCACCUGAGAUUUGCCAAGAUAUCAAAGCUGUUUGAACAGAUGAGUCAGACUGUAACAGAGGAAGACAAGAAAAAAAGUUUGGUUGUAACCAAACAAGAAGAUACUUUAGUAAGCACAGAAAAUCUCUGA